UGCGAUUGACCCAGCAGCCUGGCCCCUCUCCCGCCGCGGGCAUUCCUCCUCCCGGUGCUGUGGGCUGCGGGGAGUCGGGGCGACGGCCCGGUGCCCACGGCACUCUGCGGCCAGCGGCGCCUGGAUUUCUCCAGGAAUCCUAGGAGGGUCUCACUGGAGGGCUGAGAGCCACCUGACUGGAGGAGCUGCGAGCCAUCGGACUGCAGGGAGCUGCUGCAGCAUGAACCCCUGAGCUGAUGAGUCUUAUUAUAGCCUGGCUGGCGGAAGACACAGCGCUGCGAUUCACCUCUACGCGGGCGGCGGCGGUGGCAGUGGCAGUGGCGGGGGAAGCAGCGGGCCACCCAGCGGCUCACACCCGACCUGUCUGCAGACGCUGCCAAGGGCCUGGCCUCUGCCUCCCCGGGGCCAUGGACUGACAGCAGCGCGCACCGAGGGCUCCUCUCUCCCCAGAGCGACAGGGCCCGGAGAGCCGUCGGGGGUUCACCAUGCUGGCGCCUGGCAGCGGCUCUGAGCAGAGGACCAGGCUUGCCCUGCAAUGGCGGCAGGUCUCUUGGAUCACCUGCUGGGUCGCCCUGUAUGCCGUGGAGGCCCUCCCCACCUGCCCUUUCUCCUGCAAGUGCGACAGCCGCAGCCUGGAGGUGGACUGCAGCGGCCUGGGCCUCACCGUGGUGCCCCCGGACGUGCCCGCUGCCACCCGAUCCCUCUUGCUCUUGAACAAUAAGCUGAGCGCCCUACCCAGCUGGGCUUUUGCCAAUCUGUCCAGCUUGCAGCGCUUGGACCUGUCCAACAACUUCCUGGACCAGCUGCCCGGCUCCGUAUUCGGGGAUCUGACCAACCUGACGGAGCUUCAGCUCCGCAACAACAGCAUCAGGACCCUGGACAGGGACCUGCUGCAGCACUCGCCCCUGCUCCGCCACCUGGACCUGUCCAUCAACGGCCUGGCCCAGCUGCCCCCGGGCCUUUUCGAUGGGCUGCCGGCUCUGCGCUCCCUCUCGCUGCGCUCUAACCGCCUGCAGAACCUGGACCGGCUGACGUUUGAACCCCUGGCAAACCUGCAGCUGCUGCAGGUCGGGGACAACCCCUGGGAGUGUGACUGUAACCUGCGUGAGUUCAAACACUGGAUGGAGUGGUUCUCCUACCGAGGGGGCCGCCUGGACCAGCUUGCCUGCACCCUCCCCAAGGAGCUGAGGGGGAAAGACAUGCGCGUGGUCCCCAUGGAGAUGUUCAACUACUGCUCCCAGCUGGAGGACGAGAAUAGCUCUGCUGGGCUGGAUAUUCCCGGACCACCCUGCACCAAGGCCAGCCCCGAGCCUGCUAAGCCCAAGCCUGGGGCUGAGCCCGAGCCAGAGCCCAGCACAGCCUGCCCGCAGAAGCAGAGGUACCGGCCAGUGAGCGUGCGCAGGGCCAUCGGCACCGUGAUCAUCGCGGGGGUCGUGUGUGGCAUCGUCUGCAUCAUGAUGGUGGUGGCCGCGGCCUAUGGCUGCAUCUACGCCUCCCUCAUGGCCAAGUACCACCGGGAGCUCAAGAAGCGCCAGCCUCUGAUGGGGGACCCGGAGGGUGAGCACGAGGACCAGAAGCAGAUUUCUUCUGUGGCCUGAGCGCCCCCCUCGCCCCACCUGACCCAGGUAGGAAGGACAGGGGAGCACCCCGUGGAUGGCUCCGUCACUCCCACUGCCCUGGCCUGGCCCUGGCCACUGGCUCUCCCAAGUCCGCCCACUGCCCCGUCCCUUCAGCAGAUGCGUCGCAGGGUGGCUCUCUCUGUGAAUUUCAAAUCUCCCUGGACACCGCUGUGCUCAAGGCUCCGGUUGAUGCUCCUCUCUGGGCCACCACGUCUUGGGACAUCUGGGGGGGGGUGUCUCCCUAAGCUUCUGGCCACAGGAAAGAAAGAACACAGGUGCAGAAGAAGGCUUGGACUGCACAUUCCCCUGUAGCCCUGGGGGCGGUAACAGCCGGGCGACUGUUCUUACCUCUUGCUUGUCCUCACCCCAUCUGCACCGAGGGUGUGGGGAGGGGGUGAGCUGGGGGCCGGGGGUCGACUUGGCAGGGUCUCUCCUAAGCCAGAAGGAUAUUCUUAACCCCCUGCAGAGUGAAUGCUGGGUCCAACUUUCAACCGCUGGUACCGGCGUGCAACCACACCGACCCUAUCAUCUGGACCCUGCGCCUAGAAACACAAUGCUGUGAUGAUAACACACUCUCUCGGCUGAUGCCGUCAUGACCCCAUAUCUGCUAUAGGCUACAUUGCUCCUGGAUUCACUCAUUCUCUUUUGCACAACUCAUAGCAUCACCAGCGCAGUCACACAGACGACAGUUCUCGUGCGCGCGCACACACACGUGCGCGCACACACACGGUCACAUGGAGACGAAGUCUGUGAGAACGCGGGCAGCAGAGACACUCUCUUCCCCCGGGGUCUCAGGCCUGAGACCACAGGGCCUCUUGCCUGCUUACUGCAAUCUUCUCAAGCGAAUAGGGGCAGGAUCCCAGACCGGUAACACCAGGAUCCUUUGAGAUCCUCUAAAAUGGGCCAGAGCGGUGGCGCUGGAGGAGACUGUCCCGUCACCAUGGUAACCCACUCACACCUUUCCUACGGGGCUUCCCGGGGACACCGGCCCAGGGCCUGGAGCCGCUGCAUGUGUGAACGGCAGCCUGCCGAGAGCCCAGCCACACCCCGCUGGCGUCACCCCGGUCCUGCCCAAGCACGUCAUCGCCGCCGGGCCCCGUGGGGACACCCACUGGUUCUGCUCCUGGAGCCUGCUGUGUGGCACUGUCACCUGGUAUCACUUGGUACCCCUACCCCUCCAUCUCCAGCAUCUUCUGGCCUGUGACCUCGGCGCAGCGGUGCUCUGUGAUUGGUGGCACUCUUUGGGGAAGACAGGUUGCAGGAGGAAGGCACAGCGGCUUUUGCCAAAGCUCUGCCACCUGCCAACUUAUCCCAUGCAGAUUUCAGGAGCGGGGAAGGAUGGCCACGUGCCAUCCAGAGGGGGCUCCCUUCCUAGGUUUCGUCGGCUCAGACGGGUUCCCUACAGCAUGUCAUUGUACCUGGAGUGGGGUUCAAACCAGAGAGUGGGCUGGGGGUCCUGUCUGGGACAGAAUCACCUGCCUCCAGGGCUGUGCGAGUUUUGAGGGUCACUUUUCUCCUUUUUUAGCUCGGCCCCCUCUUCGCGGGUCUGAGAGGGUCAGGCGGAGUCAGGCUCGUUUCUGGCUCUUGGCGGGAGGGAGGGUCUCGACGGUGGCUGCAAAGGGUCUGCAGAGCGAGUCAAGGCAGGCCUGGUCCCCCUGGCCCCCUACUCAUAGAGCAGUGGGUGGGUGAAGUGAGUCGCACGGCGGAGGAGGAGUUGUUCUCAGCAAGUGGACAGAGGCCACCCUCCCAGGCACAGGUUCCCGAUCAGAAUCACAGGCCUCCCCUAGGCUGGGGCCACAGUCUUCCUCCUCCUUUUGGCUUGUGGGCUGAUACCAGAUCUGGGAUUUUCUAAAGGGACUGGGGGGAGGGGAGGGCAUCGUCAACGGUGGUAUCUUUAGCCUGAGACAGAAGAUUUUUAAAGGCAAAAUUAUAUUUCUGGUUUGUUGUUUCAGAAGACCAAUAAAGACUGUAUUUUCCUACAUA